AUGAUCAGUAUACUCUUAGUUGGCUACUUUACUCUCCUAUUUGUCAUAAGUGUUCGGACUACUAAUUUCAAUCAAUCCUUAAGAGAUAAUGUUUUGGAAAUCGAAUCGUUUAAUUCCCAUUCCAAUCAUCAGGCAAGAUUCUUCCCGCUAUUCAGCGUUGUGCGUUUUCCCAACUCCGAGUGCUUGUCAAGCAUCGAUCAACUUAAUGGCACAUGCUUCACGAGACGAGAAUGUAUUAAUUACGGAGGUAACCCGUCGGGAUCGUGCGCUAAUAGAUUGGGCACUUGUUGCGUAUUUCAAAAGUCUUGCGGCUCCACCACCAACAUGAAUAACACAUAUUUUGUAAGCCCAAAUUACCCCAUCACUUAUCGAGGUGGAGAACGCUGUUCGAUCACAGUGCAACGUUGUAAUCCUAAUAUAUGUCAGUUACGACUGGACUUUCUGGAAGCUACUUGGGCUCAGCCAAAUUCCACUGGAUUUUGCGAUUUAGACGUGUUUCUUGUAUCAGGAGGUUCAUCCACUGUGCCCAGAAUAUGCGGAGAUAACACUAACCAGCAUGUAUACAUCGAUUUUAAUGGAGCAACGCCAAUCACGAUAUCUGUCGACACCAACGCGGAUUUCGUAUUCGAUCGACGCUGGAAUAUAAGAAUUCAGCAAAUAGCGUGCAAUUCUGUAUGCAGAGCUCCUAAUGGUUGCUUACAAUAUUAUAAGACUGUCUCUGGCACUGUAAUGAGCUUCAACUUUGGUACGACGGAAAAUGUUCGAGCUCCUCAGAUUGGAACGCGACAGAUGGUGAAUCAUCGUUAUGGCGUGUGCGUUAGAAUGGCUUUGGGAUAUUGUAAUAUUGAGUGGUCGCAAGUCGAUACACUCUCCUUUUCCGUUUCUGGAGACACGGGAUCGUUUGAUCCAGAUAUAAUAGGCACAGCCUUGGUGGCAGAAUCUGGAAUAAACUGUACUACUGAUUUCGUUAUUAUACCCGAUCCGCGUGAAAACGGCGUUGCCGAUAAUACAGAUAGAUUUUGCGGAAAUGGAUUUAUAACUAAAACAUCGGACUUGAAGCCAUUCGUACUUUACGUUGUUACAAACGGCGAUGAAAUGCAAGAGGUCCAAAAUAAAGGCUUCGCACUUACAUUUCGUCAGCUGCCUUGCGCAAUUUAAGUAUUAUAUAAAUAUAUUUUCUACAAAUAUAUAUUAUAUAUUUUUUCUGACCGAAAGUACUGU